CUACAGCAAACGUACAGCGUCCCGAGGACGUGCUCAUGCUAUCUUUCAGCUUCAGGGCUCAGCUACCUCUCAAUAUGAGAAGGGAAAAAAAACUCUUAGCCUUUGCCACCUUUGAGGCCUGACUGCAUGUGAUGUGUGUGCGGACCAGCAGCAGUAGGCCGCCUGACCAAUGGCAUCUUCUGAGGUCAACAUGCAUGUGGAGGAGGUGGUUGUUGUGACAACGCCUGACUGUGUAGGACAAGGCAACUCUGUUGAGGAGAAGAGCGUGUUGGUCACGACGGACCUGGAGCAGUCUGGAGAGGAGUUGACUGAGCACAGCCCACAGACAGAGACUGUGGACACAGACAUCCUCUCCAUCCCCAAAGAUGCACUCAUUGUGAAACUGUCUGAGGAGGUCUCUGUGGAGGCGGAGGUCCACUAUCCCAUCACCUGUGGGGACAGCAAGGCCAUGCUGAUAUGGAGGAAGUUUGUGUGUCCCGGGAUCAACAUCAAGUGUGUGCAGUACAAUGAGCACCUCAUCAGCCCUAAGGAGUUUGUUUACCUGGCUGGUAAAUCCACCCUGAAGGACUGGAAGAGAGCCAUACGACUCAACGGAGCCAUGCUCAGAAAGAUCAUGGACUCAGGUGAGCUGGACUUCUAUCAGCACUCCAAGCUGUGCUCCAACACGUGUCGCAGCACUAAGAUCGACCUGGUGGGCAGCAGAGGCUCCUUGAGCAGCCAGACAUCCACAGACCUCACGCCACACACACCCAACACAGACGUGAAUGGAUCUCCAAAUCCGCUUAGCUCAGAGGGAUGUGAAGACACCACAGAGUGGGUCACGGCUAUAGGAGAAGACACCAUGACCUUCUGGCGAAACCUGAAGGAGGCAGGUCUUCUGGAGGAAGUGAUGUUGGAUCUGCAGAAGGAGAUGGAGGAGGCAUUGAAGGGGCUGCAGGAGAGGCUGCAACAGCCCCCUCUGCUGGUCGCUGAUGCAGCACUGCUUAAUAAUGUGGUGCAGAGCUUUGGCAUGCUGGACCUGGUGAAGAAGGUGCUGGCCGGCCACAAGAGUCAGAUGGAUCGCUGCAGAGAGCAGUACACACGCAGCCUCGUGGCUCUGGAGCAGCAGUGUGACGAGCAUCGCAAGCGAGCGCGGGAGCUGAAGAGUCGCUCCCAGACGCUCAGCAGCGUCCUGAUGACACUCGCCCCGGCAGCCACGCCCACUCCCCCCAAACGGCCACGCCUCACCCGUGCCGUCUCAGGGCCCGCCUCCAUCACCGCCCACCAAUCAGCCUCUCUCUCCAACGCUCUCGUCCAAUCAGCAACCUCCUCUGCCGCGGCGACCCUGCCCUUAACGCAGCUGACCGGGCUCUCAUUGGGCAGAAUGCUGUCUGGCCACUCCCCCCUGCUGGGCGGCUACACGCUGGUGACCUCGACAGGGGAGGGGUUUCCCGAAGGGGCGGGUCUAACGUUGCUCAGCUCUGAGCCCGGCUCCGCCCUUCCUCCCGCGGGUGCCACCAUCCUGAAGCUGUUGAGUCCCGUUCAGAUCCUCACCCUCCCCCAGAUCACCACCUCCUCCAUCACCAACCCCUCCCAGAGCACCACCGCGCUCCCCCCCACCACCUCCACCUUCACUGCCGUGGAGACCGUGUCCGCCGUGACCAUGGAAACGGUGACGGCUGCCAUGGAAACCGUGUCUGAUGUCAUGGAGACGGUGUCGGCUGCUGCUGUGGAAACGGUGGGGUCGCAGGCGGAGGACUCGGGAGAGUCUGAGGUCAAAGGUGAGGACACGGGAGAGGGGGCGGGGUCAGACUGAGGAGCAAGUGGAUGUAUGGACUUGCUGCAGCUGUUCUGACUGUUGCCAUGGUGACGAUAGCACCGAGAGAUGCCGUUAAAGGGUCAUUAAGGGUCACUCCUGUCCUACCCAUGACAUCCAUCUUUACCUCUCUCAUCUUCUCUCACGUCCCUCUCCUUCUUCACCUCUCCUCAGCUUUCUUUUCCUUUUCCCUCAUCCCUCUCUUCCUCUUCUGCGUCUUAU